GAUGAUGCACUUUUCAGACUAAUGAACUGAACAUGGAUCCAAACGACCCGCGAGCAGCUUCAUCAGCCACGCGGAUUAUUAAAGUGCCUCGAAUGCCUAAAAGCAUGCAACAGAUGAUCCCGCCUUCCGUAGCAGCUAAAACGUUGAACACUACGAACAUUAAUUCACAGACUCAUUUCGGGAAUACUUCGCCUCAAGUUAUACGUAUUGUACCAAAUCAAUUAAUGAGCAGCCAUAAUGUUCAGCAGAUAUCAGGGAAAAGUUUGCAGUCACUAAUAAAUCAAUCAAAUGAAUCGUUAAGGUCAGCGCAAGUUACAGACUCAAAUAUACGCGAGACAAUUUUUACAGAGAGUAUAGCUGGUUCAUCAAAUUCCAGUUUAAGUCAGUCGAUUUUUAUCCAAAAUUUACCGCAGAAAACACUCACAAGUCAUAAAAAUGACUCUUCUAUUCCGUCUUAUAACGUGCCUUCUUUACAAUCGAAGGUUGUGCAUGCAAAUCUGACAUCAUCACCCGUUGUGCAACCCAGUACAACUAAAUUGCAGUACACUUCAGCGUCGAAGCAGUUAUGGGAAAGUAUGGGAGGAAAAAAGAAAACCUGCAAUUGUACCAAGUCGCUCUGUCUUAAGCUCUACUGUGAGUGUUUUGCAAACGGCGAGUUUUGUUUUUCAUGCAACUGCUCAAAUUGUUUCAACACGCUGGAAAACGAUUUCGAAAGAACUGAAGCAAUUCGAGCGAUUUUAAGUCGCAAUCCGAAUGCGUUUCAUCCGAAAGUCGGUAAAGUGACGUUUAGCGAAGAGAAAUCGCAUUACAAGGGUUGCAACUGCAAAAAAACUAAUUGUGUCAAAAAUUAUUGUGAAUGUUUUGAAGCUAAAAUUUUGUGUACAAACUUAUGUAAAUGUACUGAUUGUUUUAAUUGUCAAGAACGUGUGGGUAUGCGAUCUGUCGGAGAUGUUACCGCUUUGAGACUUCUCAAAGAAGGAACUUUGAGAGAUUUGAACUACUAUCGAAAUGAGUUCAUUGAUAAACUUCCUUUUACUUUGAUGACCGAAGAAAUUAUCGAAUCAGUUGUGCAAUGUUUACUUUCUCAAGCCGAAGAAGCGAUGAUGACUGAACGUUCAAUCGAGGAUACAGAACGAAUGAUUCUACAAGAGUUUGAGCAUUGUACCACACAAAUAAUUGAAAAAUCGGCGUCCUUUAAAAGUGCUGUCCCUGAGUUGAAUUCAAACUCAUGAUAACUAUUGGUUAAAAUGUUUGUAGUUUACCAAUUUUUGUGCCAAGGCGUUAUUGCGAUUUUAUGCUUUGACAAAGUGAUUAUUGACACCAUAAAA